AUGUUAUACAAGUUACUAUCAUUUGGAUUAUGGUUUCUAGUGGCAUUUGGGAGACUGUUUGUAUUAGAACAAAGCAAGUGGGAUACUACAGCUCCUUGGAUACUACUUAUAUUAGAACAAGUACGCAAAAAUAGGAUAUUGUUUAUAUGUACAGUAUGUGGGAUUGGGGUAUUGUUCAUACAAAAUAAGAAUGAUAUUGUUUAUGUUACACAAGUAGGAUAUUGUGUAUAUUACAGCAAGCUAUGGGAUAUUGCGUAUAUUACUCAAGCUAUAGCAUAUUGUUUAUGUUACAUUCAUAUUACAACAAGUAGGAUACUGUUUAUAUUACAGCAAGCUAUGAGAUAUUGUUUAUACUACAUAGAUGGGGUUGCAAUUGAUAAAACCUCUAUUAACAUGCAAAUAACGGAUGUAUCAAGAAUAACGUCACUUAUAUUUCAUGUUAAAGCUUGUAGAGAUGCACACUUCUUUUUCUAUUCGGAUUUAUAUCAAUUAGUGAAAAUUAUCGUCUUAGGCAGUGCCGGUGAUUGUGAUAUAAGACCUGAUUUUUACAGUUAUGAGAAUUAUAAGCCAUGUAUUGUUGAUUGUUAUCAAUUUAAACCAUUCUGGAUAAGUUGGCAGUCGAAUUAUAUCCGACUUGGUUAUGGAAAUAUCGUCGACCAGCAGAGUGUUGUGUCAGGGACGUCACAACUGCCGUUCAAUAUAGCGUAUUUAUCAUUAAUGCGAUAUGAAAAUUUCACUUGGGAAAUAGAGUACCCUGGAAAUAAUACUGGAUUACAAGAUUUCAAGUUUAUAAGACAUACCAACACACGAUCAAUGUCCAUCUUGAGUGUUCAAACCACAAGAUCUGUGUCACUGUGUGGUAUCUCCUAUUAUAUAUUAUUAAUUGUAACAUUUAUUCAGAUUAUAUAUUAUUAA